AAAGGCAAGGUCAAAGGCCUGCCGCCCUCUUGCUGCCGCCUGCUCUGUAAAUGUUUUGAGCAUUCCUUUCUUGGAUGUGGAUAUCUGCGCACCAUGACGUGUUUUAUCGUAUUUAAAACGCAUUUAAAGGUAUUGAUAAUUGCUAACUAUGAAGAAAUUUGGUGAUCUACAUAAGACAAGACACGCAGACCAACAUGGCCGAUAUCGUGGACAUUGAAGAUGUCAAGGUUUCUUCGGGACGGCAAAGCCAGCAAACCUUUCAUUCCACCGGAUCGUGUCCGGCCGCGUGUCCCGAUGGCGGGGCCAGGAGCGUGUCUCAGGCCUCAGGCGGGGGUGCACCGGAGCCUACUGCCACCCCUCCGCCGGUCCGCGCUGGGAAGGGACUCUCGCUGUGGAUGGCCGCUGUGUUCAUCAUGGGCGAGAUGUGUGGGAGCGGUAUGCUCUCACUGCCGUAUGCACUCACACACAUGGGUUUCAUGGGCGCUCCUCUGAUCGGUCUGAUCGGCCUCGGCUCCGGCUACUGUGCCUGCUGCCUGGCCCGCUGCUGGGUGCUCCUGGAGAACCGACACCCGGAGCUGCGGGGGCAGCACACGCAGCAGCCGCUUAGCGACAUAGCCUUCCACUGCCUCGGGAAGCCCGGCAGGAUUUUCGCCGCUGUCUGCAUGUGCAUCAACACGUUCGGCACGUGCAUCGUGUACGUGCUGAUCGUGGCGCAAAUGCUACAGGCGCUGCUGGGCGGCCACAUCCAGAUGCACUACUGCAUCUGGAUCCUGGUGCUCUCCGUCGCUCUGGUGCCGCCCACCUGGUUCGGAUCGCCAAAAGAUAUCCGAGGGAUCGGCGUGAUGGCGCUGGCCACCACGGUGCUCGCCUGGUUACUCUCCAUGGGACAACUGGCCGUGCACUUUGACACGCUGCACCAGAACGCAACAUUCACCCAGCCCGGCUUCCUGCCGUUCUUCCUGGGCAUCGGGCCGAUCCUGUACAGCUACGGCGGCGCCUGCACGCUGCCCACCAUCCAAAUCGACAUGAUCAACAGGGAGCACUUCACUUACUCCGUCAUGCUCGGAUACUUAGGCUCUGUGCUGCUGUUCGCCCCGCUAGCCGCCCUGGGGUACGCCGCCUCAGGGGACCAGGUGGAGAAGAACAUCCUUCAGACGCUCAAGCUGCACACGCCGGGAGUCGAGCCUGCCGCCGCCGAGAUCAUCUUCAUCGUCCACCUGCUGACCGCCUUCUUCGUCAUCCUGAACCCGUUCGCCCAGCAGAUGGAGGCGCUGGCUGGCAUCCCACACAGUGCGUCUUUGUCAGAAUUCAGCCUGCGGCGGCUGGUGUUCCGUACUGGUCUGAUGGGUCUGCUGGUCGUCCUCGGGGAGACGAUACCGGACUUUAUAGAGCUGAUCCAGCUGCUGGGCUCGACGACCAUCGCCACGACGGCGUUCAUCUUGCCCAGCCUGAUGUACAUCCUGCUGGCCAGACAGAGCGAUCCCGAGGGACGCUGGACCUCUGUACCGGUCCCACUAUGGGAGAAGUGCGUCCUGCUGACAAUGGCGCUACUCGGGAUCGUGGUCGGUAUCACUUCCACUGUCAUGACGACGCAAGAGAUCAUCCAGUACGGGCUCGACUCGUCCUGCCUCAUCAACACAGGAAGAUCGGAGUAGCGCAGCUAAAGAGCCGUGCCGGGUGGUGACCGUCUAAAUAACACAGCGGCUUUUGUAGACCACUGUGCCCACGAGAAUGGAUUUAUUGUGUCGUGUCAUAAAGCGAAUGCCCUUGAAGACACGGGCUUAUUUUGCUGGUAAGCGUUCUGGGGAUUUCCUGGAGUUGAGCUUCGUAACAUCACAUACAAUGAGAGCUAUCCUAUUUUCAAUGGUGCGAUAUACCUACCCUACCCAUGCCCAUGAGAUUAAAUGACUGGUUGUAAAAUGUCACAAAUAUCUAACUGGAACUUGGAAGAUAAGACAAUUGCUCAAUUGAUCAGCGAGCUGAACGCAUCGAUUUCACCAAUGGGUAGAUGCAAAUAAACGUUUACGUAAGUGA